AUGUCGGGAUGUUACAUUCUGGCAGCAAUGUCUGGUGUUUUGCAGCAUCAGCAUCAGGCUAUGGCCACUGCUUCGGAUAUGCUCUUUAAUCUCAAGGAACUUUUUGGAGAUCAGAAUAGGGCUGCUAGGCAAGUAGCCGUGAAGGCUUUGAUGAACACUCAGAUGGCUGAAGGUACACCUAGGCAGUAUAGUCUUGCGGAACUGCUGAGAGAAUUUCAGGCAGCUGAAGGAUUGUUUCGCCAGAGACUUCAAGUGAAUGUGGCUGAGAAAGGUUCUUCCUCUAAGCCGAAAGGCAAUAAGAAGAAGAAAAAGGCUCAGACACAGAAAGCUGUGAAGGCAGUGGGAGUUCAAGGUGGUGUCAAAAAGCCUAAGGGAAAGUUCUACCGGUGUAAGCAGUCGGGUCACUGGAACAGGAUUGUCCUCUUCCUAAGAAGACAAACAAUACUGGUAUGUCUCUUUCUCUAG